CACGGGCAUCGGGACGUGCUAGCCUAUCUGACCGAGGCCUGGGGCAUGGACAUCGAGGCCACCAAUCGAGACUACAAGCGGCCUCUGCACGAGGCGGCCUCCAUGGGCCACCGAGACUGCGUGCGCUACCUGCUGGGCCGGGGGGCAGCGGUCGACUGCCUGAAGAAGGCCGACUGGACUCCUCUGAUGAUGGCCUGCACAAGGAAGAACCUGGGGGUGAUCCAGGAGCUGGUGGAACAUGGCGCCAAUCCACUCCUGAAGAACAAAGAUGGCUGGAACAGUUUCCACAUUGCCAGUCGAGAAGGCGACCCUCUGAUCCUCCAGUACCUGCUCACUGUUUGCCCAGAUGCCUGGAAGACAGAGAGCAAAAUUAGAAGGACUCCUCUGCACACUGCAGCAAUGCAUGGCCAUUUAGAGGCAGUCAAGGUGCUUCUUAAGAGGUGCCAAUAUGAACCAGACUACGGAGACAACUGUGGCGUCACCCCCUUGAUGGAUGCAAUCCAGUGUGGUCACAUUGAUGUCGCUAGGCUGCUCCUUGAUGAACAUGGGGCUUGCCUUUCAGCAGAAGACAGCCUGGGUGCCCAGGCCCUGCACAGGGCAGCUGUCACGGGGCAGAACAAAGCCAUCCGAUUCUUGGUCUCUGAACUUGGCAUCGAUGUAGAUGUGAGAGCCACGUCAACCCACCUCACAGCACUGCAUUAUGCAGCUAAGGAAGGACAUACAAGUACAAUUCAGACUCUCUUAUCCUUGGGAGCUGACAUCAAUUCUAAAGAUGAAAAAAAUCGAUCAGCCCUGCAUCUGGCCUGUGCAGGUCAGCAUUUGGCCUGUGCCAAGUUUCUCCUACAGUCGGGACUAAAGGAUUCUGAAGACGUCACGGGCACCCUGGCUCAGCAGCUCCCAAGGAGAGCAGAUGUCCUUCAGGGCUCUGGCCACAGCGCAAUGACAUAAGGAUGUUUCCAAGAGGAGGCAAUAAAGCGCAUGGUAAUUCAUA